CCAGAGCAGGCAGCACCAGCCUGCCACGGCGCUGCUCGCAGCCGGAGCUAUGACCUUAACGAAGGAGAGCUUCCACGGGGCUCUCCUGCCCGCCUCUGGAGCGGCCAAGGCCGACAUGGAUGGCCCCAGAGAGAAGGAGGAGGCCCCAAGGCAGGCAGUGAUGAGGACUGGUGCAGCGGUGCCCAGGAGGCGAGCGGUGGGAAGGCUGGUCAUGCACAGCAUGGCCAUGUUCGGCCGGGAGUUCUGCUAUGCCGUGGAGGCCGCCUUUGUCACGCCGGUGCUGCUCAGUGUAGGGCUGCCCAAGAACCUCUACAGCCUCGUGUGGCUCAUCAGCCCUAUCCUGGGCUUCGUGCUGCAGCCCGUGGUAGGUUCAGCCAGUGAUCACUGCACCUGUAGCUGGGGCAGGAGGCGACCUUACAUUCUGGGUCUGGGCAUCAUAAUGCUGUUAGGCAUGGCUUUGUACCUCAAUGGGGACGUGAUGAUCUCAGCUUUCAUCGCUGAGAGAGACAAGCAGCGGACGUGGGCAAUAGUCAUUACCAUGCUGGGAGUAGUACUUUUUGAUUUUGCAGCUGAUUUUAUUGAUGGUCCAAUCAAAGCAUAUUUAUUUGAUGUCUGCUCUCAUCAGGAUAAAGAGAAGGGUCUGCAUUACCACGCCCUCUUUACAGGUUUGGGAGGAGCCCUGGGUUACCUUACAGGUGCUAUGGAUUGGGGUCAAACCAUACUAGGAUAUACCUUGGCAUCAGAAUUCCAGGUGAUUUUCUUCUUCUCAGCCUUGGUUCUCAUAAUCUGCCUUACUGUACAUCUGUGCAGUAUUCCUGAAGUCCCACUCAGAUACGAAAACGAAGAGGCAAAGUUCUUGUUGGAAGAGACUGAACCCCAUAGAUACCACUCCAUAGAGGAGGAAAUAAGGAAUGGUCACUUAAAACCAACCUGUAUGGAAAUAAAGGCUGCAGCCAAGCCAGGGAAAUGCACGGCUGCGUCACGCACACAGGAAAAGAGGCAGAUGACACUUAAAUCCCUCUUGAAGACACUUUUAAGCAUGCCAUCCCACUAUCGCUGCCUGUGUGUGAGUCACCUCUUUGGAUGGAUGGCUUUCCUGUCCAACAUGCUUUUCUUCACGGAUUUCAUGGGACAGGUUGUGUACCACGGGAAUCCCUAUGCACCUCACAACUCCACACUUUACCUGACCUACAAAGCAGGGGUAGAGAUGGGAUGCUGGGGGCUGUGCAUCAAUGCAAUUUCUUCAUCAGUCUAUUCUUACUUGCAGAAAGUCCUUCUGCCAUACAUAGGAUUAAAGGGACUUUAUUUCAUGGGAUACCUACUUUUUGGACUGGGUACUGGAUUAAUUGGCUUGUUUCCCAAUGUCUAUUCCACUCUGGCUCUUUGUUCACUCUUUGGAGUCAUGUCCAGCACACUGUACACAGUGCCAUUCCACCUCAUUGCAGAGUACCACAGGGAAGAGGAGAGCCAGAAGCUGCAGGAAGGGGAGCAAGCAGGGGAGCACGGGCGAGGGAAGGGCAUCGACUGUGCCGCCCUGACCUGCAUGGUGCAGCUGGCCCAGAUCAUUCUGGGCGUGGGCCUGGGGCUCCUGGUCAGCGUGGCCGGCAGCGCCGUCACCGUCAUUUCGGCAUCCACGGUGGCGCUGGCCGGCUGCUGCUUCGUGGCCUUCUGCAUUCGCUACGUGGACUAGGGCUGCAGGGAGCCGUCGGAAGGGAUCUCCCCGGGGGAGCAUUUUCUUUCUGGGUCAGUAGCACUGGUGCUGUUGCUGUGCUGACACUGCUGGCACGUCAUCCUCUCUUACCUCCUUGGAUCGGUUGCAAUUCCAGAGCUUUAUGAAAUGGAGACUUGAUAGAACUGGCUGCCUUAUGCCUCGGACACACACAGCCACACUCUCCCCCACAGUGUGUUCACAUGCUGUGGCAUGUGAUGAUGGUGUGUGUGGCCACGGUAUCUUGAUGCUCUACACUGGGAGUCAUUAUGGAACUCCUCAUUACCAAUUUGUGAAAGUUAAUGGAUGAAGAAUGUGAUAAAUUGAAAUAAUGUAAAAGGACAGAGUUAGGAAGAAAGUUUUUAUUUAUCUUGUUCUUCAAGCGUCCUAAGUUGGGGGCUGUUCCCUCCAGUAGUCAAAAGAUGCAGGAGAUUCAAACAGGUGUCAGAGGCCAUGCAGGGUGCAGUUCUGUUAUCAUUAGUGGUACUGUUAAAUGGUUCAGUUAAUUACCAGCUACUGUCAAAAGUAGAUUUGAGUGUGAAAAAUGACUGCAAUAUAAAAAAGAUUGAAGCCUAUUGUUUAAAAGCAUUAUUGUAAAGUAAUUAUCUUGUACUGGAUCCUGCUGCUUCUGUAUGAAAAAAGUGAAAGUACUAGCUGAGCUUGUCAGGAAAGUCUGCCUAAAGCUGCUUUGCAAAUCCAUGUGUAGGUACCUAAAAGUCUGUCCAUGGGAAACAGCUGCCAUUUCUGCCUUCUUUAAAAAGUGACUUCUCAGUUCUGAUGCUGUAAUUGAAAAAAUGAACUUGGCCAAUGGAAGAAUUUGGCAGCUGGUUGACCACAUAAAUCUUAACAUUGGAUAUGACAGCAUUUAUCUUAAAGUAGCAUCUCUCUUUUCUCUGUUUUCCUUCAUGCUUUGCCUGAAAUGUCAUUUGCUCUCUACAGAAUAUUGUAGAGGAAUUCAGUUCUGCAAAGCAGUAUCAGGAAUUACUGUACAGUAAAUACACAAGCCCAGUUAUUUGUAUUUUAUUGCAUAUGAAGCUUCUUUCUUAUUUUUAUAAUACUGCCAGAGUUUUGAAAACCUGUUUGUGAAAGCAAUUUACAGUAUUUAUGCUGUGCUUCCUCUGUCCUGAAAACUGUCAUAUCCAUCCACUAUGUUAUAUGUUAAGCCACCUGAAGCCAUCUGCUAAUGCAAUAUUGUUAAUGAACAUUGAGAGACUAUGGGCAAAUAUGGUGUUUAUGGUUGUUUUUGUUCUUAAUGUUGCACAUGUAUCAUCAACACUGUUCAGAGAAGUGCAGUGUUGAGCUUAUCAGCUCUUAGAAGCUCCGCAAGACAUGAACUGACAACAUCAAAAAUAAAUGGUUACAUUUCAGCA